GUGUGAUCCCACUUCAUCUCUUCAUGUGUGACCUGAUACAAACCUAAAGAGUGUGUAGUUCCUGCAUUUUGCCCUUUGACCUUUUAGAGUGUCCUAAAUAGGCCUUUGUUCAUUUUGGGAUUAUUUACUCAUCUCUUACACGCACCUGCAUUAGAAGAAGAUUGUGAAGCACCAAGUUUGGAUGUAUGUGUUUCCGAUUGCUGAAGCUCUGGUUUGGCCUCUUCACUGUGCUGGACUGAAUAGGAAUAUUGGAUGGUACCACUGAUUGUUUAGUAGCAGAUAAAGAUGAAGCCGCUGUAUCUUUUUCUCCUCUUCACCCUGCAGAAAGUUCAUGGCACUGCUGUUUUCUGCCCAGAAGCAAGUGACCUCAGUUCUGACGAGCUUCUGAUUGGUUGUCUGGGGGUGCGGUUCACCUGGCUGUACUCGGUGUUUGAUGACCUGCGGUCGGUUCUGGAAUUCACGGUCAGUCUGCGGUGUGAGACCGGACUCUGUCCCGCGGACAUCGACAAUCACGGACAUUACUGCAGCAACGCAAACACACGGGACACCGCGCGCAAACACGUACAGCCUGCCGACACACUCGACCGGUGUUGUUUUACCCACUUGAGAUGUUCUCAAGAGCUAAAGGAGAGAAACUGCAGUCGGAGGAUACCAACAUACAACAACUACACCUGCAGCUACAACUCCAGCUGUGAUAUGUUGGAUUUCUGUGAGGAAGGAUUCUGUCAUUGUGAUCAGAUGGUUAUAGACUGCAUCAGCUCCAACCAUCCCAGUCACAAAACAGGUUGGAGGCAACCAACCAAUCACAGCACAGACAGACUCUCCCUUUGUGACGGAUUUACCUGAUAAUGAUACCGAUAUUAGUGACAUGGUCAAUGGAACAGGAGUUAAUGGCACACUGAAUGAGACUAUGACUAACUUCAACAAUGAGUUGGUGCUGGUUAACGGCUCUCAGAGCAGCAAUAUCCAGAGCACAAAGUACCCUGGGAUAUAU